AUGGUGAACGAACGUGCGCCCCCGAGGGCACCUCGCGAGCCCUCUCCCGACGACGACAUCACCGCCCUUAUCACUGGCGCUACCAGCACUCCCACAUUUGGCCAUCCUACCAAGAUGAUGUCCUCUCGUAAGCAGAGAGCAGACCCUUUUAUAAGGCAGAAGACCCGGCCUGAACACCAUCUCAGCAACAGCGGUACCAAAAUCACAGGCCCUAGAGGCCCUACAUAUCACGACCGAAGGGCGCCAUCGUUGCCGAUGUUUAGCUCAGAUGCUCCACCUGCACCACCAGUCGCAUCUUCGUAUGCGCCCUCCAGAAACUACGGCGGCGAGGAGACCUUUUAUACAGACCCUGCCAAGGCAAGCGCCGAUUUAAAGGCCCUACUUGAGGGAGGCAUGGAAGAGGGCGAAGAGGAAGGCGGGGAGGAUGGCGGAGAAAGCAAUGGCGAGAAGAAACCAGAAGCAACAAAAGAUGCCAAAGACGGCACAAUAGAUGGCCUCAAGGUCAAGUUGCUGCCUCAUCAAGUCGAAGGUGUUGAAUGGAUGCGGGGACGAGAACUAGGUCCUGUGAAACGAGGAAGGGUGCCUAAGGGAGGUAUCCUUGCCGACGAUAUGGGUCUUGGAAAGACUCUUCAAACCAUCUCGCUCAUCCUCACCAACCAGAAGCCAGCUAAGAACGCUCCUGGCUGGAAGAAACACUUUGAAACGAUUGAAAAGACAACACUUGUGGUGGCGCCCCUGGCUCUGAUUCGUCAAUGGGAACACGAGAUUAAGGAUAAAGUGGAAAAGACUCAUGGCCUCAAAGUUUGUGUCCAUCAUGGGCCCAACCGCACCAAAAGAUUUAAAGAUCUUGCCGUUUACGACGUUGUUAUUACAACCUACCAAAUUCUGGUCUCCGAGCAUGGAAACUCAUCUGAUGCCGAGAAUGGAUUGAAGGCGGGCUGUUUCGGCCUGCACUGGUGGCGAGUCGUCCUGGAUGAAGCCCAUACCGUCAAGAACCGAAACGCAAAAGCCACAAAGGCAUGUUACGCCUUGAGUUCGGAGUAUCGAUGGUGUUUAUCCGGUACACCCAUGCAAAACAAUCUUGAUGAACUCCAAUCUCUCAUUAAGUUCCUCCGUAUUCGACCUUACGAUAAUCUCAAGGAAUGGAAGGAGCAUAUUGAUCUGCCUCUGAAGAACGGCCGAGGUCACAUUGCCAUUCGAAGACUACACAGCCUUCUCAGAUGCUUCAUGAAGCGAAGAACUAAAGAUAUCCUCAAGGAAGAUGGCGCCCUUAACCCUGGUGGCAAGCCUUCAGCUAAGGGCGAAGGCUCCUCGACUGGUUUCAAGGUUACCGAGCGCAAGGUCGUCACUGUGGCGGCUGAGCUAUCGCCAGCAGAGCGCAAAUUUUAUGAUCGACUAGCAGCCCGAGCAGACCGAAGUCUUGAGGAUCAGAUGUUACAAGGCAAAGUCAAUUACGCUAAUGCCUUGACUCUAUUGCUCCGACUUCGACAAGCUUGUAACCAUCCCAAACUUGUGGAAGGCAAGCUAGAGAAGGAUAAGGAUGCAAUGUCGAUAGGUUCUACUCAGAAGAACCAGGAGGCAGACAUCGAUUCUAUGGCUGAUAUGUUCGCUGGGAUGGGCAUUGUCUCCAAGGAUUGCAAUAUCUGUGGUCGAGGUUUGAGUAGUGAAGAUAACAAAUCAGGCAAAGACAUCUGCUCUGAAUGUCGCGCCGACCUGGCAUAUUUUAACGACCAUGAGCGAGCGGAGCAGCCUGAACGACGUAAGAAGUCAAAGAAGUCCAAGUCCAAGUCCAAGGGCAAGGGCAAGGGCAAGAAAGAAAAGAAAAAGAAAGGGCUCAGAAAGAAUGUCGUCGAUCGAAAGUUUGUCAAUAGGGAAAUUGUCGAAGUCGAUAAUGAUGAUGAUGAGUCCCACAAGGCGACCUCGAGACGACCUCGCAACCGAAACGCUGUUGUCGACAGCGAUGACGAGGAUGCAUUGUCACCACAGAAGACCGCCCGAAAGCCCCGAAACCGCAACGCUACCUCGGAUAGUGACGAGGAGGAAGAAGCCGAAGGUUCAUGGCUCGUUCCAGAAGAUGAACAAGGCUCACUUCACCUUGGAAAGGCUGGUGGCGAAGAAGACGAAAAUGCCGAAGGUGGGGGCGAUUCUAUAGGCCCUGAAGACUCUGAGGACGAGGAGAGUAAGCUCGAAGACAAGAGUAACUUGAGCAGUUUUAUUGAGAACGACGAAACCACCGACAACCCUUACCAAGAGGGUGGCGAUGCCUCUGACUCUGACUCCGAUGACUCUUUGGCGUCUCUAACCGAUCUUACGAAGCGCAUGGCCGCACAGACACUGGAUGAUAGAGCAUCCAAAGCUGCAGACAAAACGACUGCAGACACAGAGGCAGAUACAACUGCUGACUCCGGAUCGGGAUCUGAGUCCGAUUUUGAUUCAUCUGACGCGUCUUCUGAUGAAGAUGACAGUGUCUUCUAUCCUUCACGCGACCCCGACUCUCCACAAGUCCUCGCUUCCGCAAAGAUUCGAGAACUCAUCAAGAUCCUCCAGAAUGAAGUCAAGGAACACAAAUUUAUUGUUUUCUCCCAAUUCACCUCAAUGCUUAACCUGGUGGAACCCUUCUUUCGUAAGGAGCGGUUCAACUUCGUUCGGUACGAUGGUAGCAUGAAGAAUGAUGAGCGAGAGGAAAGCUUGCGAAAGUUAAGGAGCGAUCCUGAGACGCGAAUCCUGCUGUGUAGUUUGAAGUGCGGUAGUUUAGGACUCAACCUCACAGCGGCGACCAGAGUUGUUAUCCUCGAGCCUUUCUGGAAUCCAUUUGUGGAAGAACAAGCUAUCGAUCGUGUUCACCGCCUCACACAGACCGUCGAUGUCAUCAUUUACAAACUCACUGUAUCCAAAACAGUCGAGGAACGCAUCCUCGAAUUACAAGAUAAGAAGCGUGAACUCGCCGAGCAGGCUAUCGAGGGUGGUAUGCGCAAGGAGGCCCUCAAGCUUGGCCUCAACGAAAUCAUCAACCUCUUCAAGCCAGGCUCUUCUGCAGACAACCCUAGCAUAAUCGCCGACAUCUCCAGUGUGGCCGGUAUUAGCUUUGAUGGCAGCGGCCGUAGAAACAUGAUAGCGGCCCCAACGCAGAGGCGGCUCAAGAAGGAAGAGAGCUCUAUCUACGGUCGAAGAUGGUAG